UGCAAAAAGAUAAAAAAUAGUUUGCGUUAUAUGUAAAGUUGACGUGCAAGAACUUAAAAACAGUUGAUACCCCGGCGUUUCAUUGUUCAUAAAAUUCGUAAAAUGGCAUCAAAAUUAACGAAGGAAAAAGUCGGCAUUAUUGGAAGUGGCCUAAUUGGACGCAGCUUUGCUAUGCUUUUUGCCGCCGCCGAGUAUGAAGUAUGGUUGUACGAUAUUGAGAAAACUCAGCUCUCCGGAGCUUUGGAGGAUAUUAAAGCUCAACUGAAAGAACUUGACAGUCUUCAACUUUUACGAGGAUCACUGACUGCAGAUCAACAGUUUAAUAAUAUAAAAACAACCGAUAACAUUGAACAGUGUGUUAAAGACGCAGUCUUUGUGCAUGAGUGUGUUCCAGAGCGUAUUGAACUAAAGACUUCCAUUUAUGCUAAGAUAGAUAAAAUGCUGAGUGACACCUGUAUACUGGCGACAUCUACAAGCGCUCUACAACCAUCAAAACUAGCAGCUAAUAUCGAGCGCAAAAAUAGGUUCAUCGUCGUACAUCCGACGAAUCCGCCAUUUUAUGCACCAUUAGUUGAGCUGGUACCAAGCCCAUGGGUAGAUUCAGACGUGGUCCCGAAAGCGAAAGCAAUUAUGGAAAAGCUUGGCCAGGUACCAGUGAUAUUGAAAAAGGAAAUUGAAGGUUUUGUCUUUAAUCGUAUACAGAGCGCUGUGAUCAAGGAAAGUUGGAGACUUAUAAAUGAUGACGUAAUUGACGUCGAGGGUCUGGAUAAGGUCAUGACGGCGGGAUUGGGACGUAGAUAUGCUUUUAUUGGACCUUUUGAAACCAUGUACUUAAAUGCAGACGGAAUGUACAGCUAUGCAGACUGGUAUAAAACAAUGCUUGAAGGAAUAAUGGCCUCAUUCCGAGAACCAGUCAAUUUUUUGUCAGGACCAGAACUUGAUCAAGUACAGUCUGAGAUGGAACAAAUGGUACCCAUGGAUACGCUGCCAGCCCGCAGAAAUUGGCGGGACAAGCGUCUGGCUGCCUUUGCUCAGUUACAGAAACAAAUGGACGAUGCUGAAAAAAAUAAAUAAUGUUACCAAAAUUUAGCUCGACCAACUGUUAAA